UAACAAGCCGCUUGACGACGGCGUUUAACCUCAACAUAACUGACGCUGGCGUUUCGUUUUCGCGAAUUAAAACGAUGUCCGCGUCGGAUAUACUCUUCGCCAAGAAGGCCCUAAGCAAAGCGAAAGCGGCCUCGCAGUCGCCGCUGAACGCGUUCGACAGGAAAAGCGAGGCGCGCGAACGCAAGAGGAACCUCUUGUAUCUGAUCCAAAGCUACCUGGUGGAGCAAAAGUACUUCGAAGCGGCGGACGCGCUGCGCGACGAAGCCCAACUCGUCGCCGACUACCAGGUAUGCGAAAACGUCGAUUUGGACAUCGUGUUGCAAGAGUACCAAAGCUACUAUUUCGCGCGGUUCCAAAAGUACCCUAAAAUCGUGAAGAAAAUAGAAGACGCGCCGACGGGCGGCGGGGCGAAACCGCGCAAGAAACCCGCCGAAACGAAACCGCUACCGAUCAAAACCGACGCGCCGAGUACCGAAAAAUUCGAAAUCGACGUCAAAUCGCUGGCGCAAUUCGAAUCGCCCCGACCGGUCGCCGUCGAGGAAAAGCAGGCACUCGAAGAGUACGCCGACUCCUAUCCGCCCGAUUGGAGAGAAAUGGCCGCGCAGAUCAAAAAGGAUUUCGUCCGGAGCGCCACCGACACCACGUGGACCGAUUGCGUCGGCCUCGGCGACGUCGUCGAGAAGCUCAAAGAAGCCGUCGUCUAUCCGCGCUCGUACCCGCACCUCUUCCGCGACGCCGCCCCGUGGAAGGGCGUGCUGCUCUUCGGCCCGCCCGGCACCGGCAAAACCCUUCUGGCCAAGGCGCUCGCCUCGGAGGGCGGCACCUUCAUCAACGUCACCAGCAGCACGUUCACCAGCAAGUGGCGCGGCGAAUCCGAGAAGAUGAUCAACGUCCUGUUCCGAUUAGCCGAGCGCUACGCGCCCACCGUCGUCUUCAUCGACGAGGUGGACGCGCUGGCGUUCGCCGACGAGCUCUCCCACCACGAGGCCUCCAGGAGGUUCAAGAGCGAGCUGCUCACGCAAAUCGACGGCGUGCUGGAGUCGCGCCGCGACGUCUUCGUGCUGGGCAGCACCAAUUCGCCGUGGAACUUGGAUCCCGCCCUGUUGCGGCGCUUCGAGAAGAGGAUUUUGGUGCCGCUACCGGACGAGUUGUCCAGACGAAAACUUGUUAGUAAAUACCUGGCGGAAGCCAACGAGCUGGACGAGGCGGAUUUGCAACGCGUCGCCAAACGGACGGAGAAGUUUUCGGGGUCCGACGUGAAGGGGCUGUGCAAAGAGGUGGCGAUGAUCGCGAUCAGGGAGAAGAUUCGAGAAAUCGGCGCCAACGGUACCAACAGGACCCACACGAAUUUGAGAAAAGUCUCUUUCAAAGACGUGGAAAAAGCGUUGGAGACGAUCGGUACGUGCGUCAGGGACUCGGAUUGCGCCAAAUACGACGAAUGGAAUAGAAAGUACGGAUCUUGGUGAAUAAAGAAAUGUUUUUUAUAUUUGUUAUCAGUCCUUUUUUGAACCCAUUACUGAACAUGGGCCUCCUACAACUUCUUCCAGUUCUCCCUAUGCUUUGCUUUGAUCCAGGUGAUCCAAUUCUUCUAUUAUCCUUAUUAAAAACUGGUCUCAUUUUUGUAGAUCGACUUUUUUGAUCAUCAAGUUGGCG